UGCUGGCACUGUAUUCCCCCCAGAGACAAUGGGGGUCGGCCAGACCCCGUCCCAGUCAGAGCCAGCCUCUCGGCGGACUGGGUGCGAAACGGGAGCGGCUCGCGAGGCCGUAGAAAAGUCGGCGGCGCUUCCGAGACCCAGGCAAUAACUACAAUUCCCACAAGGCAGCGCGACAGCCGGAGUCUGCGAGUACUACAAUUCCCAAGAGACUCAGAGGCUCGAGAGCGGAAGUGGCGGGGACCCGAAGGCAGCCGCGGGAGUCUGCCGCUGAGUUUCUGCUUGUGUCGGGACCGGACUUUGACUCGGCCUCCCGGGGGCUGGGGACCCGGGGUCCAGUGGAGCCUGAGCGCCGCCAUGAAGGACUCUCUGGUGCUCCUGGCUCGCGUGUCGGCCCACCCAGACUCCCGCUGCUGGUUCUUGGCGUGGAACCCCACCGGGACGCUGCUGGCCUCGUGCGGCGGCGACCGCAGCAUUCGGAUCUGGGGCAAGGAGGGUGAUGGCUGGGUGUGUAAGUCGGUUCUGGCCGAGGGUCACCAGCGCACCGUGAGGAAGGUGGCUUGGUCCCCUUGCGGGAACUACCUGGCCUCUGCAAGCUUUGAUGCCACCACCUGUAUCUGGAAGAAGAACCAAGAUGACUUCGAGUGUGUAACCACCCUCGAAGGUCAUGAAAAUGAAGUCAAGUCAGUAGCUUGGGCCCCAUCUGGCAGCCUUCUGGCUACCUGCAGCCGUGACAAGAGUGUCUGGGUGUGGGAAGUUGAUGAAGAGGAUGAAUAUGAAUGUGUCAGUGUUUUGAAUUCACACACACAGGAUGUUAAACAUGUGAUAUGGCACCCUAACCAAGAGCUAUUGGCAUCAGCCAGCUAUGAUGACACGAUAAAGCUAUACAGGGAGGAAGAGGAUGACUGGGUAUGCUAUGCCACCCUGGAGGGCCACGAGUCCACAGUGUGGAGCUUGUCCUUUGACCCCAGCGGCCAACGCCUGGCAUCUUGCAGUGAUGACCGCACUGUGCGCAUUUGGCGCCAGUACCUACCAGGCAAUGAGCAAGGAGUGGUCUGCAACGGCUCUGAUCCUACCUGGAAGUGUAUUUGUACUUUAUCUGGCUUCCAUUCUAGAACUGUCUAUGAUGUCUCUUGGUGUCACCUGACAGGAGCUCUGGCCACAGCUUGUGGUGAUGAUGCUAUCCGGGUAUUUGAGGAAGACCCCAGCUCAGACCCUCAACAGCCAUCUUUCUCCCUAACAGCUCACCUACCCCAGGCCCACUCCCAGGAUGUGAACUGUGUAGCUUGGAAUCCCAAGGAGCCAGGACUACUGGCCUCAUGCAGUGAUGAUGGUGAGAUGGCCUUCUGGAAAUACCAGCAACCAGAAGUUCUCUAAGGUCCUUUUAUCCAUAUGCAACCCCUGGAGUGGACCUUCUAGCAGAGGGAUAAUAUUUAUUUUCCCUGGAGAGGGAAAAAUCCCAAGAAUCAGUUUUUGCAGUCUACAUAAAAAGCCUGAAGGAGUACAAUGCUAGCUUUACUUUCUUCAUGUCUGAACUUAAUCCCUACUCAGUUUGUCAGAAGCUGGGCACAAGAUUUCAGUUACAGAAUCACUAAAAGUUGAGCCCCCUAAUUCAGUAAUGUAAAAUAAAACAUUUUAAAAAUCUUAUUCUC